AUGGAAUCCUCUUCUGCUGAUUCCGCCGAUUUGGCAACCGCUUUGGCAACCGCCACUCAGACUCAGACUCCGGCUCAGGCCGCUGGCAACGUCGAGGGCCAUCACGACGCAGAUGGCUUCUCAACCUCUACCAUGGUACUUACGGCUCUUUGUGUAAUUCCCGUCGUCGCCAUUGCAGCUGCAACGCACCAUGCUCGCAGCAGGAACGCCACCGACCACGGCCGCUUUAUGACGGGCCUUCGCAUUUUUGCCUUUACCUUUGGCUUCAUUGUCAUCGCCAUCUUUGCUCUCCCCAUCUUCUUCUUACAUUACGUCGACAAGCCCGCUGGAGAUGUGGAAGGUGCCACCGACACCUUCUGCGACGUCUCUGAUCUCGAUAUUGAUGCCGGUUCCGAUAAUGACGAUGAUGACGAACUUGCAUUGCGUCCUGGCGAGGUUGGCGCUCCGACAGACGACUUUGUCGCCGGUCAGUGCACCCCUGAGGAGGGAUAUACGCCGGAUAGAAGCGCGAUGAACCAGUUGGUGAAGGAGAAGCUGGCAGAGAUGAAGAGAAGCCAAGAAAAGUGAAGGGAGAAUAAGGGAAGAAUAGGAGGAAGAGUAUGCGAUGCUAUUACCGAAUCUAGAAGGAAAGGUAGCAAGCAGGCACUCAAGUCUCAGACGAGGUUGGACUCUCCUAUUGGAAAGGCAAAUGCUUUUCUAGGCACGAACAUUGCGUUGAUCUUUUUUUCUUAUGUAGCUUUUUCACAAGGCUAAUAUGCCUGUCUACCUGAGUUAAUGGUUCUUUGAUUUCAUGAAUAAAACCGACUGGUUAAGGGGUUCGCAAGGGGAACGCGCGUUGUAUUUACAAUCGGCACGCCAUGAUAAUAUGGACGUGGAGGACGUGGACAUGGACAUGGACAUGGACAUAGCUCCUUUCUUUAAUAAUGAUUUCUGCGUAAUGAAUUGAUUCUCACUCUUUUA